CUCUUCUUAUUCCCAUGUUCUCUCCUCUCUCCAAUUUUUUCUUUUUUUACUCCUUCCAAAAUCCCUAAUAAAUCCAGGAAUCUGAUUCAUUCGUUUUUCUCUCAGAUCUCGGAUCUGAGUUCCAGGAUUCAGAGGAACAGGUGGAGUGUUAAUUAGUAGUACCUGAUUUAGAUUCAGAUCGAUCUACGAAUUAAUGGCGACUCUCCAGAAAUUCAAGCUACUAGCCACGCAGUGCACGAUAGCAGGAAGUCCGGGGAGAAGCCCGAGCGCAAGUCCUGUCAUCCACAUCCGCCGACGCAAAACUCUCCGUAUGCUUCUCAAUCGUUCGUCUGCUUCAGAGCGCCGCCGAUUCGGCCGUUGCGAUGUCCAGGAGAAGGUUGUGGAUCGGUCUCCGGAAAAAAUCGCUGCUACUGAAACCAGUAACAAGAAGAGCGGCAGUAAGAGAGAAGGGAAGGGGAGAAGGAAAUUAAAGGAGCUUUUUGUGUCUUCGCCGCCGUUUGAACAGAGGGAGAGUAAGAGUGGAGUGGGUGAUAGUGAAGGAUUGUUACCGGCUCCAAGGAGUGUAAGUGAAGGCCCGGCGGCGCGGCACGGCGGCUCUCUGAGGCAGAUAACAGGGGCCUUUCGGUAUAGAUUACUGAGGAGAGCUUGGCGACCUGUGCUCGUCACAAUCCCUGAGUAAAUUAAUUAAAAAUAAUAACAAUAAUCUGUGAAAAAUUGUAGGUUUGAUUCUAAUUUUUGAAGCUCAUUUGUGUAAUUUUCAAUUUUGGUUUUUAUUCAACCUUCUUUAUAGCUUUUCUUUUAAUUUAUGUAGUAUUUCUGAAUAUGAUCUUCGAAAAUAAAUCAGAAUUUCCAUA